AUGGGAAUAAUGAAAUAUUUUUCUAAGCUUAUUUACUUCUUUUUAAGAAUAGGCACUAACACAGAAAGAAGAAAAGCAUAAAUAGAUUAUGGCAAUUAAGGUAUGAUUGUCUUUUACUUUAUCUAAUUGCUUGGUUACUAUUUUAGUUAAUUUGAAAGCAAAUCCCUCAUUUAUUAUGAGAAUGAUUAUUUGGCUUAAAUAGGAUAAUAUUCCUCUAUCCCAUUUAUGAUGAUAGUCAUACAUUAUGACCCACUUACAAAAUUUGUUUAUUAUUGUAUUUUUGGGACUAUGUGUUUCAUUUAUGCAGCUGUGAUUUUUUAAAUUACAUUUAAAGUAUCAUAAUAAUCCUAUUCUAGCCAAUAUCUCCAAAUAAUUUUUUAAACAGAUUUAUUAGGUUUUAUUUUAAGAACUUUUAGUGGUACUUCUUAACACCAUUUCAUGAAUGUAUGAUUGGAGUAUUAACCUGCGGUCGUUUAUCAUAUUUAGCAUAACAUAGCAACUUAGAUCCUUAAUAAUGUUUCUCAUAAAUUUCACCACAUUUUUUAGUUUUAAGUAUCAUAGGCUAAGUCUUAGUAAUCUUAUCAGGUUGUUUAUCUUUAUACUGCUUUAGAAAUUAUGAAUUUGUCUAAGGAGAUUUGAUGAGAAAAUUUAGCUACUUUAAUUUAGUAACCAUUAUUCUACAUAUGGCUUUAUAAAUUUCAUCUUUCUGGAAAGAAAUGUAUGAUCAUUACAAUAUUCUAAUUCAUUUAGUUUUCAAUUUCAUAGCAAUUUUUAUUGCUUUAGAUAUUUAUAUUAAUAUUCCUUUUGGUUUUUCAUAAGAAACUAUCUUUUUUAGUAAAUGCUUGUUAUCUACAUGGUUUUUUGAAAUAUUAGUAGCUAUAUGGAUAUUUUCAGAUCUAAAUGAUGCUCAUAUAUUUUUAACAUUUUGCAUUUCUGUUCCUGUAAAUUAUUUAUUUAUUCUAGUUGAUAUUUGGUAUCAAUUAAGCCCUUUAUGAUAAUUAUAUUGAUAAAGAAUGUUAAUUAUAUUUUAAUUCUAAUUCUAACAAAAUUAGUGAACAUCCAUUAGAAUUUAUUUGUUAAUUAUGUCAUUUAGAUAAUCUUCAUCAAAAAGAUUAUUAUCUUAUUCUUAAAUAUUUAAGUAUACAUUGUUAAAAAUGCAAUGAUUUAAAUUGUCCUUGUAAAUCAAGGUUAAAUAAAUUUAUUAUUGGCCAAAACUAACUUAAUACAUAAUAAAUAUAUAUUUGGGUCUAAUAUUAAUUUUAAAAAAUGAUCAAGUAAAUUGUGUAAAAUCCUAAUUCCUUAAAAUACUUUGAAUAACUUACAAUAAAAUUUGUUACUUUUUUAUAAAGAUAUAGAGAAAACUCGGUUUUAUCAUAUAAAAUUAUAUAGGAUGUAGUUUAUACAUUUAAAAAAAUUUAUUAAACCAAUAUGCCAUAUUUUUUUAUAAAUUUAACUAAAUAAAUAUAACAUUAAAAUAAAAUUGAAAUUGAAAAUAAUAAUAGAUCUGGAAUAUAAAUAGGAUCUUUAGAGUUCCGUACUUUAUAAGAUUUCAAUUUAUUUUAUAAUUUUGAAGAUGAAAUUGUUAAAAGUAUGGUUGAUUUGCUUGAAUGUCUUAAGACUUUAUGGUUUUAAAAAAUGAAUCAUCUUACUUCAUAUGAAAAAAUGAUUUAAUUUUCAGAACAAAUCAGAAAAAAAACUUAACUGGUAAAAAAAGAAUUUAAGAAUUUUUAAGCUUAAAGAGAAAUACCAGCUAUUGAUUCCAUUUUAAUUCUAAGAAUUAAGUUGGCAGUAUCAAUUGUUUGUAUGGAAGAUAUAAAUACAUGUUUAAAAAUAGCUUAAUAAAUAGAAUAUCAAGUUAAAGAACAAUCAAAUUCUAAAAGCUAAUAAUUUAAUAAUUUAUAAUUUAUUAACGGCCAAGCUUUAUCAAUAGUCUCUAAUGUUUAAUCUUAAACACUUGGUUACAUAACUUAGAACAUAAAUGAUCAAUUUUUUGGCUUUUUUGGUUAUCAAAAUAUAAACAUUCCUUUAACAAAAAUAGAGUAAUUAUUGCCAAUAAAAUUGGGUAAAAUACAUAAUGGUUUGAUUGAAUCUUACUUAUAAUAAGGAAAAACAAAUCGGUUAUAUGCAAAUUCAGAAUAAUUUAUUUUAAAUGCUGAUAAUUUGAUUGAAAAAGUUAAUAUUUGCCUUACUGCUUUAUUUCCAUAUUCAAAUGAUUAAUUUUGGUUUUGGAUUAUUGGGCAUUUAUUAAAAACAAUUAAAUAUGAAAAAUAAGAAAUUGAUUAAAGUAAAAGAGGUUAUAUUUUGGUUGACUCUGAUUUUCUAAUUUUUGGAAUAACCAGAAAUAUUUAUGAAAGAAUCAAUUAUAAAUAUUAUUAUAAAAAUAAUACAAACAUAGAUUUGAUUUUACCAGAAGAAAUUUAUGAAUAGAUUACAAUAUAAGAAUUAAUUCCAGCUUUGGCAUCAAUAUUAGAAGAAUAUUAUAGAUUAUUAACAAUAAAGAAUGAAAAAAGGAUUUUUAAAUAGGAUAUUAUUUGUUAACGAGAGAUAGGAGUGUUAUAAGUUCCUUAAUAAAAAAGAACUUAAUUUAAAACAUCUUCAUCACUUACAACCAAAAAAUAUACAAGCAAAUAAAUUUUGAAUAAUUUGAAGGAUGUCAAUAUUAGUAUAUCAAAUAUCAAACCAAAACAUACAAAAUUAUAUCCUAUAGAAUUCAGUGUAGUUCAAAAAGUUUUAUCUUAUUUAGCAAAAGAUUCUGCAAGUGAAUUUUUAUAUUUUGUAAUUGAAAUUGAUUUUUUGGAAGAUCCAAAAUUAUAUUCAUCUCCAUCUUAAUAAAAUGCAAAGACACCUGCUCUUUCUGAUAUUUUAAGACGAUAAUAAGCAAUAUUAGAAUAAGUUAGGCCAGAUUAAAAUAAUGUAAUUCUCUCAAAUGAUGGAGAGGAUGUAAAUGAAUAAAUAGAAUUAGUAGCAGAAAUGACAAAUACUGCCACUAAACAUAGCUCGAAUGAAAUAAAUGAAUAAUUAGAGAAAAUAAUUGUUUAUAUGAAUGAUACAAUUCUACCUAAAACAAUCAAAAAUUUAAUUGCUCAGUUUCUCUUGUAAAUUUUAGUAUUAAUAAUUAUCAUAAUUUUAAUAUCUAAUCUUUUUUAACAUAAAAAGAAUAUUUAAUCAAAUUGUAUCUAAUAAAUCACAGCUGAUUUGAACUUUUUAGAUGCAUAUAGUUAAACUAUGUCAGGAUCCCGUCAUGUAAUUUAUUAUAGAGAUUUUUAUCCUAUAUAAAAUGAUACAAUUAUUCCAUUUAAUAGUGAUUAAAUAAAUAUCAGCAGAUAUGAUAAGAUAUAUAUAGCAUGGUAACAUAUAGCAAAAGGAAGUGUUAGAUUGAUUGACAUGUAUUUAAAUUAUUCAAAAAUUGCUUAAAAUAGUGACAUUUAAUUUAUUACUAUCUACUUUAUAAACUUUGAUUUAAAAAGUAAAAUAUCUCAAACGGUUUAUGAUUAUUCGACAUAUUAUCAAAUUAUGCACCAAAUAUUUUUUAUGUCUUAUUAGUCAUUUGCUUCUUCCCCUCAAACCUAUUUAUCAGGGAGAAAUGACUCUUAUAUGACAUAAAUUGCUAGAUCAUAGGUUUAUUAUAACUUUUUUGAUGUUAGCGAAAGUGUUAACAUAACUCUAGAAGAUUGUCAUAAUUAUAAUAUUGAGAUGAAUGACCAUUUUGAUUAAAUAGUCAAUUAUUAUUUUGUAGGAAUAUAUUUAACAAUAAUUCUUUAAUUAAUAACCUUAAUUAUUAAUUAUCUGAAAGUAGUUCAUACAAUCAAACUUUAUUUAAAAUUAUUUAAAAUGUUAGAUAAGGAAGAUUGUGUUCAAAUCUUACAUUUAUGUGAUUAAUUGAUAAAUAUGGUAUCAUACAACAGAAUCUUCUUAAGGUAGAAAGAUUUUAAAUUAAUUUUAACCUUACCGUAAUACAUAUUAGAUGAUGUUAGAAAAAGUCAAAAUAAAACAACUGUGAUUUUUGUUAAAAAGAAAAGAACAAAUGAUAAACAAGUUUAAGUAAAUUCUAAUUAUUAAAAUUAUUGUUCAAUUGCUAUAAUUUUCUUUUUUUCAACUAUAACAUUAGCAUAUGUAUUUUCUUUUCAUUUAUAUUAUUCAUAAAUAGCUAAUUCAAUCGGACCGAUAAGCAAUAGAGCAAUUUUAGCAUAAGAACAUAGACUGAAUUUUAUUGUCACUUCAAAUCGAUUUGAUUUAUUUUUGAUAAAACAAUAUUUUGAAACUUAUGCACUAAUUAAUUAAUCUGAUCCAGGUCAUCAACUUAUGACUAGGAACAUUUAAACAGAUACUUCAAUUUUAAAUUUAUUAAAUUUAGAUGAAGAAUUAAUUAAAUAAGAUAUCUCAAGAUUAAAAAUGAUCGAUUUUACUAGUUUAAUUCUCAAAAAUGAAUAAUCAAAUUCAGAAAUUAAUGAUGAACAAUAAAAUUAACUUUUAGGAUAAGAUGUUUGCCUUUUAACUGGCUGUGAUAUGCAAAGUCUAUUAUUUUAUGAUAGGCUACAUUAAAAAGAAUUAAUUCCAUUUUUCUAAACAGGAGUUGUUAAUUUGCAAUCAAAGGUAUUAUCUUUUGUAGAAGGAGCCUCUUAAUUAAUUUUCAAAAAAAAUUAAACUUACUUAUAGAAAGCACUUGCAUUAGAGAGUAUUCUUGAUGAUAGCGAAUAUCUCAUAUAUAUAUUAUGGGGAAUCGACGUUAUUCAGUUUUAAAUAAGUUAGUUUAGUUAAUACUUUUUAGAUAUAUCUUAAUAGACUAUAGAUAGAUUAACAUCACAUAAUUAAGCUUUUAUUCUCUUGAUUGGUAUCCUGAUGUGUAUCUUAGUUUUAACUUUUUAAAUUUUGUUCGGAUAUUAUUAAUUCAAACGAUAUGUACUUUCUAAAGCAAUUAUUAAAUCUAUACCAUUACCCAUCUUGUUUUCAAGAAAUAUUCCAAAGCAUUUGGAAAGUUUUCGAAGAAAAUAUGUAAAAUGA